AUGCAGAAAACCUCCCUCUUUGCCCUCCCCUCCUCUUCUCCGUCUACCGCUGCUUCCUCUUCGUCCUCAUCCUCCUCCUCAUCCUCCGACAGCAAUAGCAAUAACCUCUCUCAUGUUCUCUCGUCCGCCCACCCGAUUGCUGCCCGUCGCGACUCCGCCCGCUCGGUGCAUUUUUCCGACAUCCCCGCCUUCAUCGACUGCCCAUUAGUAGACGACUCCUCACUUUCCCAUCGCACCAGUAUCAGCACCACUGACGAUCUUUCCAAUGACUCGCCGAUUUCCUGGGAUGGAGAAGGUCCGUCCGACAGCUCGCCCACCGCCGAACUGGAUUUUAAAAUCCACGAUGGGUCACACCACCACCACCCGUUUGCUGCGACCGCAAUGACCUCCGCCAAAGCCUUCCGACUCAACAUCUUCGCCUCACAUUAUGCCGACCCGACCAUGACUGAGGUCACGCCCAAGAUCGAGGAGUUGGACGACGUGGACGACUUGCAAAGUAUUAAACCUGUGGGGGUGGAGACGACAACAACCUCGAUGGCCAAUGCGAGCUCUAGUCAUUCGGAUUCCACGGCUGUUCCCGUCAAUGUCCCACGGAAACGUGGACGACCGCGCAAACAUCCGCUGCCAGCGCCCGGGGGUCAGGUCAAGAUCACCAAAGGUCGAUCCAAAACUGGCUGCAUCACUUGUCGUCGUCGCAAGAAAAAGUGCGAUGAGACGAAGCCAGCGUGCCUCAACUGUCAGAAGAACGCCGUCGUGUGCGAGGGCUAUCCUCCCAAAGAGAUCUGGAAAAGUGGCAAGCAAAAGCUCGAGGAUGCUCGCACCCAUUCCAUGGUCGCUCGUAGCCUCCCGUUGCUGGUCGAUGGCAUCGAGACUGAGAUCGAUCGUCGCUUCUUAGAUCACUUCGUCUACGGAUUCAGCCGGGUUCUGACCUUGAUCAACGAUGAUUCCAACCCGUUCAAGGAAAUCCUCUUGCCCAUGGCUACCCAACAUCGUGGACUGAUGCAUUCCCUCAUGUGUUUAUCGGGUUCACAUCUUUCGGCCCUCGAUCCGGAGCCAAAGCUGAAGGAGAGGAAAUACUACCACUUUCACCGUGCCAUUCGAGAUCUCAAGGAUAAUAUCAAUGCCUCCUCCGGCGGACCGGUAGAGCCCGAGCUCCUGGUGGAGGACCCCAUCAUUGCAUCCACAAUCGCUCUCAGCUUGAAUACAAUCUGUGAAGGAGAAACCAACGGCGAGUAUCGACCACAUAUGGACGCCGCGCGAUAUCUCCUGGUGACACAACAGCCACGGAACGAGAAGUUUCGACAAUUUAUCGUCGAAUUCUUCCAGUACCAUGAUGUAUCCAACUCCAUCACCUCGCUCGAUCGUCGGCCCGCUCACCUGCAGGGCGACCUACGCCUCCCCGACUUUGUACCCCAUGCUCAAGCGGGGAUGUUUUUGGGUGUCUUCGAUGGCCUGUUCAAUUACAUCUCCGAAGUGACCCGGCUACGGGAUCGCAUCCGACAGCGGUUCAACGAGGGCUACGAGCCUGCAGUGGACUAUCAGAUCCUGGGAGACGCCGUCUCGAUCGACUCCGCUAUUCGAACCUGGGAGACAUCGUAUGCUGCCAACACUCCCAACUACUACCUCGCACAGCUCUAUCGGCAGUCAACCUGGGUAUAUCUUUACCGCACUAUCCGGCCAUCCCGACCGAGCGAAAAAAUCGCUCAGGUGGUGGACGAUGGCCUGUCAUAUCUCGAUCAGAUUCCCCAGGAUGCGGGGGCGUUGUGUAUUGUGCUAAUGCCGUUGUUUCUGCUGGGCUGCUCAGCAUUCCUGCCACGCCAACGCGAGCGGAUCAAGAAGGGCUUUGACUCUCUCAAAGCCUAUUCUAACCUCCGCAACAUCGAGCCCGCCUUCAAGGUCGUGAAACGGGUAUGGGAUGUCAUGGAUACCAACUCGGAAGAGAGUUGGGACUGGGAGAAGAUCAUCAAGGACAUGAAGAUGGACUUCCUGAUCACUUGA